CCCUUACCCUUACCCUUACCCUUACUUACCCUUGCCCUCCCCUUCUCUAACCUCAUACAACCAACCAACCAACCAACCACCCCCUUCAACUACUUCACCACCAACUUCCACUUCCCAAACCCUAAGAGGCAACGCCUGCUCUUUCUGGAAACAUCUCUCACCACCACCACCACCACCACCACGAACCAGGACCACCUCUGUACGACCAAGCUAUUCCUUAUACGUCAUCCAACCGUCUGGACUUCAACUGCACUGCAAUCCACCAACAAGCAGAGCAAAGCAAAUAAAUUUUCACCAACUACAAAACUACAAAACUACAACUACAACCACACAAGAGCAGACAAGAGAAGGCCUAGACACACUCACAUCACAACCUUCCAAGCAAGCACCAGGCAAGAACCCAAUCUGAACCCAAAGAAGAACGACCACAACGGUUCUCUUUAUAUCACUUCAUAUCAUAUCAUUCACCUUACCUUACAUCUUUCCCAUGCUAUGCUGCUAAACAAUUGCCAAAUACCAUUCCUCUCUCUCUCUGACAAUUGGGCCCCUUCUUCCACUACAUUCAAAAACUAUAUAAACUCAACCUGCCAGGUCCUUACCUUACGUUUGCCAAUUGUCAGUUUGCAUUGGGUUGGUUCAUUGAUUAAUUGA